UUUAAAACGAUUGCCGUUCGCAGAAGAAGAAGGCAUCAAAAGGAAAUGCCCAAACAAGUCUCAUCUCUCAAGAAAGAGACACAGUAGACACCACUCUUCUAUUCUCUCUCCUCUUGCAUCUCCCAUAUAUGUGUGUGUGUAUGUAUAUAUAUAUAUAUACAUAUAUACAAGAAGAGAAGAGAAGAGAAUACGGUGAAACCGAAAUCCGGGAGAAUAAGAUCGAUCGUUGGUAGAUGCUAAGAAGAAAAAGACGAAAAAGAAAAAGAAGAAAGCAGAGAAUUCUUAGGGUUUCGAUCAGAUUUAACGAAGAAAGCGAGGAAAUCGGAGAUCGGCGAUGGGUGGAGAUGUGAGUGGCGGAAGCAGCAGCAGCAGCAGCAGUAGCAGCGGCGGCGGCGGUGGACCGCUUGGGGUACAGGCGGAGGCGCAGUAUGUGCGGGCGAAGACGUCGGUGUGGUGGGACAUAGAGAACUGUCAGGUCCCAAAGGGCUCCGACCCCCACAACAUCGCGCAGAACAUCAGUUCCGCACUCGUCAAGAUGAAUUACAAUGGCCCCGUCUCCAUCUCCGCCUAUGGCGACACCAAUCGCAUCCCCGCCUCCGUCCAGCAAGCCCUCUCCAGCACCGGCAUCGGCCUUAACCACGUCCCCGCCGGUGUGAAAGAUGCGAGCGACAAGAAAAUCUUAGUUGAUAUGUUGUUUUGGGCCGUAGAUAACCCUGCACCUGCGAAUUAUCUGCUCAUUUCUGGCGACAGAGAUUUUUCAAAUGCUCUUCAUCAGUUGCGAAUGAGGAGAUAUAAUAUUCUUCUAGCGCAACCGCAGAAAGCUUCUGCGGCUCUCAUCGCUGCUGCAAAGAGUGUGUGGCUUUGGACAAGCCUCUCCGCUGGAGGAUCACCACUUACGACUGGUGAAUCAUCUCAGCUUGCUAAUGGUAACCAAACCUUUAUCCCUGAAAUACCACAAUACCUGGUGCCUGAACCGUUCCCUAUUAGCCAACCUAUGGCUUACCAAGGAAGUCUUCCAUCGGGGAUUCAAAAGCCUAAUAAUGUUGGAAGGGUUGGUGAUCCCAAGAAUAAAGGGAAAAACCUGAAGAAAACUCAAAGUCAGCCCAUCAUGUCGAGGGCUUUAAAUGUGCCUGUAGGAAUACAACAAAAUAAAACUAAUGAUUUUCCUUUCCAAGUGGAACAUACACAUGCAAAGCAGUUUAAGAAAGCACCCCAUGAAUUCUUCGGUGGUAGUGGCAGUAACGGGAACAAUGUUAUAAGCAAUCCCCCUAAUCACUACCCUCCUAUGAGGCCAAACAACCUCCAUAUGCAACCUAAUUUCGGACCUGAUAACAGGUUUCCUCCUAAUCCCCACAAUCAUGGCUUUAGGCCAAUUCCUCCUAGACCCGAUGGCCCUAGAUUUUCUUCAGCUCCACUUACAAAUGUGCCUGAUAUCGGUAAGUUAAGUAUUGGUGAAUACAACUAUGUGCAAAAUCCACCAAAUUUCCAUCAUCGAGCAGGAGAAGAGUUCAAACCAAGGCCUCCCGAGUCACUGUUACCACCUAGUUCUAAUGGACCUCUGAAAGGCCAUAAUUCCCACAGUGGACAAGCAUUUCAUCAUGAUGCUACGAACAAUAGGUAUCCUCGUGGUCCUGAAUAUUUGCCUCCGCAAUCAACCCCCAAUGCUGCGAACAAUGUUCCUAAUAAUGGUGUCUGGGGAACCCAAGGCUGUGCACCACCUUCAGAAUAUGUUCAAGGUCUAAUUGGCGUUAUCUUACUUGCCUUAAACACUCUGAAAGUUGAAAAAAUUAUGCCUACUGAGGUGAACAUUACUGAUUGCAUUCGAUAUGGGGAUCCAAAGCACCGCAAUACUGAUGUAAGGAAGGCCUUGGAUUGUGCGAUUGAGCGACAUAUGGUAGUGAAGCAGAACUUAGGUGCUGUCCAGUUAUAUGUUGGUAAAAAUGAAAAAUUAUGGAAGUGUGUAAAUGCUAUAGGUGGCAAUCUUAAUCAGUACCCUAAAACUAUGUGGGAUAGGAUACAGAAUUUCAUGACUUCCUCAAGUGGACGUUUGGCAGUGCUGGCUUCUCAAAGCAGAUAUGAAGCGGCUUUAGUUCUAAAAAAAUCAUGCUUAGAAGAGCUUUCCUUGGGCGAAGUACUCCAGGUCCUGAAUAUGAUUAUUAACAUGAAGAAAUGGAUCACUCAUCACCAGUCAGGAUGGCAACCGAUUACUAUCACCCUUGCGGAGACCAAACCUGAUGUAGGUACCGAAACUGGUGCUUGACCGAAAAACAGUUUGGUGAUUGGAAAAGAGGAUUAAAUUUUGCUACAGCUACAAGAACAUUUUUCAUUUUUCUUCUUUUGGACCUCGAGAAUUAUGGAUCAUCACCUUUGAAAGAAUUACGACAGCUUCUGAAUAUCUGUAAAGGCAACUCUUACAUCGUAAAUCAAGUAAGUAGGAGUAGGUUUAAUUUUGUACUUUCGUUUUUUGCCCCUUUUAUUUGCAAGGUUACUUGUAACGUAUCUACACACUUAAAAUCCCCACUGUGGUGUGGUCACCUAUUGCACAAUCUCAUUUUUGUUGCUGCCGAAAAGAUGCAGCCAUGAAGCCACCCUUUUUUAGAAUCGUAGUACCUGGAAUUAUCCCAUUACAAGUUCCAUUGGUCGAAUGUUGUGGCCUAUCUGUAGCCCAUUUAAACCAUAGAAAGUAGAAGGACCUGCAUCAGAAAGUCUCAGCAUAUAUGUCUUGGCAAGCAUGUAGCUGUGGUAAAGUUGCACCUGAAUCUGGUAUUAUGCGGUAUGUUCUGCGGACAUGUCUGUUUACUGGAAAUUGAGACGAAAGUUUCUGAAGCUAGUUUGCACUAAGGGAUAUGAGACUUAGUGGAAGAGCUCCAUUCCAAGUUGGCCAUUGUUUCUACGUAGGGCUUGAAGAAGAUAGUUAAUUGUUGGGAAGCAACUAAAAGUAAACAUGAAUUCAUGUUUUACUCUUAUGUUGGAGUCUUUUUUUUUUUUUUUUUUUUUUUUGGGUUUUAUGGCGUACGGUAGUGGAGUCGCAUUCUGUGAGUACGUGGCGGGAGGUAUGCCUACAAUUCUUAGUAUCAGGGGGCGUUGUUACGCUUUCAAUUUGGAAACUGCUUUCACCAAUCUUCUGGAUGGGAGAAAAGAGGACUAGAACGCAGGGAGAAAAAUUGGUUACAACUUAAAUCUCAUCUCAACUCAUUUCAUCCUUGAAUAAGUUGUUAUUUGCGAGUGCAGGUUGGUUUGGACCCGGGACUAUGAGACCUGCAGCAAUUGCUAAUAGUAAUUAGAAUAUACCUUUAAAGCGUUUUGUGUUUUUCUAUAUGCUGUCCUGUAUAAUUAUGGUUGUAAUCAUAGUUUUUGUUGGACUGGACCCUCGCAGGCCUUUUGUUUCUUAUGUUGAAAUCAAGUUCGGCUGGAAUCGAAUUUGGAUUUGAAUUUGGACCUUCUGAAGAAGUGGCAUGGUAUAUCGAAUUUUAUGAUUCUGUUAUUGCA